GAAACCUGGUCCCAGCCGCUGACGCUCUGCUGCCUGAGACUCUAGGGGAUCCCUGGGGCGGGAGAGGGGGACCCGGGUGCCCAGUCCACGCUGCCAGCGUCGGACGACUGACAGGUUCUUUAAUGGAGCAGCCAUUUGUCCUACAGAUCUGGCUUCAUGUCAUGAUCCACAGACCCCAGCUCUGAAGUCAGUCAUUCCCACCCCUCAGGUGUGGAAUAGCCAGUCACUCUCAUGAUGUUGGACUUCCUGGCUGAGAAUAAUCUCUGUGGCCAGGCGAUCCUGAGGAUUGUCUCCUGUGGCAACGCCAUCAUUGCUGAGGUGCUGCGGCUCUCUGAGUUUAUUCCUGCUGUAUUCCUGCUGAAAGACCGGGCUGACCAGCAGAGAUAUGGAGACAUCAUCUUUGACUUCAGCUACUUUAAGGGUCCAGAGUUCUGGGAAAGCAAACUGGAAGCCAAACCUGAGCUACAGGAUUUAGAUGAAGAAUUUCGGGAAAACAACAUAGAAAUCGUGACCAGAUUUUAUUUAGCCUUUCAAAGUGUGCAUAAAUACAUUGUAGACUUAAACAGGUACCUCGAUGAUCUCAAUGAAGGAGUUUAUAUUCAGCAAACCUUAGAAACUGUGCUUCUCAAUGAAGAUGGAAAACAGCUUCUAUGUGAAGCCCUGUACUUAUACGGAGUUAUGCUGCUUGUCAUCGACCAGAAGAUUGAAGGAGAAGUCAGAGAGAGAAUGCUGGUUUCUUACUAUCGAUACAGUGCUGCCCGAUCCUCUGCUGACUCAAAUAUGGAUGAUAUCUGUAAGCUGCUACGAAGCACAGGGUAUUCCAGCCAGCCAGGAGCCAAACGACCACCCAACUAUCCUGAGAGCUAUUUCCAGAGAGUGCCUAUCAACGAGACCUUCAUCAGUAUGGUCAUCGGACGCCUGAGGUCCGAUGACAUUUACAACCAGGUCUCUGCCUACCCUCUGCCGGAGCACCGCAGCACUGCCCUGGCCAAUCAAGCCGCCAUGCUGUACGUGAUUCUCUAUUUUGAACCUUCCAUUCUUCACACCCACCAAGCAAAAAUGAGAGAGAUCGUGGAUAAGUACUUUCCAGAUAACUGGGUAAUCAGCAUUUAUAUGGGGAUCACUGUUAAUCUAGCUGAUGCAUGGGAACCUUACAAAGCUGCAAAAACUGCUCUCAACAAUACCCUUGACCUCUCAAAUGUCAAAGAACAGGCAAGCAGAUACGCAAGUGUCAGCGAAAGAGUGCGUGCUCAGGUCCAGCAGUUUCUGAAAGAGGGUUACUUAAGGGAGGAGGUGCUUCUGGACAAUAUCCCCAGGCUGCUGAACUGCCUGAGAGACUGCAAUGUCGCCAUCCGCUGGCUGAUGCUCCACACAGCCGACUCAGCCUGUGACCCAAACAACAAGCGCCUUCGUCAAAUCAAGGACCAGAUUCUGGCAGACUCUAGGUACAAUCCGAAGAUCCUCUUCCAGUUGCUAUUGGAUACUGCACAAUUCGAGUUUAUUCUUAAAGAGAUGUUCAAGCAAAUGCUUUCAGAGAAGCAAUCCAAGUGGGAGCAUUACAAGAAGGAGGGCUCCGAGCGGAUGACUGAGCUUGCUGACGUGUUUUCAGGGGUGAAACCACUAACCCGAGUGGAGAAAAAUGAAAAUCUUCAAGCUUGGUUCAGAGAGAUCUCAAAACAAAUACUGUCUCUAAAUUAUGAUGAUUCUACUGCUGCAGGCAGAAAAACUGUGCAACUAAUACAAGCUUUGGAAGAGGUUCAGGAAUUUCACCAGUUGGAAUCAAAUCUACAAGUUUGCCAGUUUCUUGCUGACACUCGAAAGUUUCUCCAUCAAAUGAUCAGGACCAUCAACAUCAAAGAGGAAGUCCUGAUCACAAUGCAGAUUGUCGGGGACCUUUCUUUUGCCUGGCAGUUAAUCGACAGUUUCACAGCCAUCAUGCAAGAAAGCAUAAGGGUAAAUCCAUCCAUGGUUACCAAACUCAGAGCCACAUUCCUAAAGCUUGCCUCUGCCCUUGAUCUUCCCCUGCUCCGUAUUAAUCAAGCUAACAGCCCUGACCUCCUCAGUGUGUCUCAGUAUUAUUCAGGAGAAUUGGUGUCAUACGUGAGAAAGGUUCUGCAGAUAAUUCCAGAAAGCAUGUUCACAUCUCUCCUAAAGAUCAUAAAGCUUCAGACCCAUGACAUCAUUGAAGUGCCUACCCGCCUGGACAAGGACAAGCUGCGGGACUAUGCUCAGCUUGGCCCGCGAUACGAGGUUGCCAAACUCACUCACGCCAUCUCCAUCUUUACCGAGGGCAUCUUGAUGAUGAAAACGACCCUAGUGGGAAUCAUCAAGGUGGAUCCCAAGCAGUUGCUGGAAGAUGGAAUAAGGAAAGAGCUGGUUAAGCGCGUGGCUUUCGCCCUCCACCGGGGACUGAUAUUCAAUCCUCGGGCCAAGCCAAGUGAGUUGAUGCCCAAGCUGAAAGAGCUGGGAGCCACCAUGGAUGGAUUCCAUCGUUCUUUCGAGUAUAUACAGGACUAUGUCAACAUUUAUGGUCUGAAGAUUUGGCAGGAGGAAGUCUCUCGUAUUAUAAAUUAUAAUGUGGAGCAAGAGUGUAAUAACUUCUUAAGAACAAAGAUUCAAGACUGGCAGAGUAUGUACCAGUCCACUCAUAUUCCAAUCCCAAAGUUCGCGCCUGUGGAUGAGUCUAUAACGUUUAUUGGUCGGCUCUGCAGAGAAAUCUUGCGGAUCACAGACCCAAAAAUGACAUGUUACAUAGACCAGCUGAACACUUGGUAUGACAUGAAAACUCACCAAGAAGUGACCAGCAGCCGCCUCUUCUCAGAAAUCCAGACCACCUUGGGGACUUUUGGUCUGAAUGGAUUGGACAGGCUUCUGUGCUUCAUGAUUGUGAAAGAGCUACAGAAUUUCCUCAGUAUGUUUCAGAAAAUUAUCCUGAGAGAGAGAACUGUUCAAGAAACUUUAAAAACACUCAUGAGUGCUGUCAGCCCUCUAAGAAGCAUAGUAGCAAAUUCAAGUAAAGUGUAUCUUUCUGCCAUCACCAAAACACAGAAGAUCUGGAGUGCUUACCUGGAGGCUAUAAUGAAGGUUGGACAGAUGCAGAUCCUGAGACAACAGAUUGCCAAUGAGCUGAACUCUUCCUGUCGAUUUGAUUCCAGACAUCUGGCAGCUGCUCUGGACAAUCUCAAUAAGGCUCUCCUGGCUGACAUCGAAGCCCACUAUCGAGACCCUUCGCUUCCUUACCCCAAAGAAGAUAACACACUCUUAUAUGAAAUCACAGCCUAUCUGGAGGCAGCUGGCAUUCACAACCCCCUGAAUAAGAUUUACGUAACAACGAAGCGCUUACCCUAUUUCCCGAUCGUCAACUUUCUGUUUUUGAUCGCGCAGUUGCCAAAACUUCAGUAUAACAAGAAUCUAGGCAUGGUCUGUCGGAAACCUGCUGACCCUGUUGACUGGCCACCACUCGUCCUGGGCCUGCUGACUCUGCUGAAGCAGUUCCACUCCCGGUACACUGAGCAGUUCCUGGCGCUGAUUGGUCAGUUUAUUCGCUCCACAAUGGAGCAGUGCACAAGGAGUGGGGUGGUGCUUCAGUUCUACAACCAAGUCGGGGCACCUGCCCAAGAAGCAAGCACCCAAGUGUUUAUCCUUUGUCUCCCCCCCCCACCUCCCCGGCAGGAAAUGCCCUGUAGUUGUACUGGCAGGGGCUUUGGAAGACUGGAUCUUUUGUUUGUUUGUUUGUUUGUUUUGUUUUGUUUUUCGAGACAGGGUUUCUCUGUGUAGCCCUGGCUGUCCUGGAACUCACUCUAUAGACCAGGCUGGCCUCGAACUCAGAAAUCUGCCAGCCUCUGCCCCCCAAGUGCUGGGAUUAAAGGCGUGCGCCACCACCGCCCGGCAGUAAGACUGGAUCUUGACGGAGAUUAGGAGACAGCAUGAGAGAGCAAGCGCGGACCUGUGCCUCUGCCAUGUUGGCUCCGGCUCUCAGGGUGGAGUAAGCCCUGCAGUCCUGCUCCUCUACCGCUAAGACAUGGCUCUCCACACCAAAGGGGAGUCACACUCCUCAAUGUGACCACACCAGGACACGUUCCACACAUGAAGGGGGAUGAUUCCUCAGUGUCAAGGCCAGGGGAAAGUGUCUAACAAGACAGGGCUCACAGGUUGCUGUUCGGUAACAAACGUAUAAGCCUUCCUUUUCUGCUCCUUUGCUCCCUUCUGUGCACUUGGGGCUUCGCUAGGAUAGAACAAACCAACUGCCCCCAAGCUCCCUCCUCUGCUGCCUGAAAGGGUCAGCCUGGCCCAACGUGAACUUAGCAGAUUGCCAUUAGCUUGUUUUUGCCAAUAUAACAGAUCAUUCUGCUCUGCUAUGACCUUGUAUGCGUCAGGCAAGAGCUCUGAAGCUGAGCCACGUCCCAGCCCUCCUUUUACUCCUCAAGACGUUGUCUCACUGUUUCCCAGUCUGGCCCUGAAUUCAGUCUAUAGACCAGGUGGACAUUGUAUUUGGAAUUUUCCUGCCUCUGCCUCCAGAGUAGAUGGCAUUGCAGAUCUGGUACCACCAGUCCCAGCUACUCAUUUACUUCAGAUGAGUGUGCAAACCAAUGUAGCUGAAGGCUGAGAGGAUGGGGCAGCGUGGAAGCUGACAGGUGUUGAUUGCCUCAUGGAGUCUGAAGGACAUCCACAGGAGAUGACUCUAGAGUGUAGACCUGUCUGUCCAGACUCUAGACAGACUGCAGGACCAUAUUAUAAGCCAGAGACAAGGUUAGGAUUGGCUU